CUCAGGCCCCAGCCGCCGCCGCCGCCUCCCCCUCCAUGGCCGCCGCUCUCGCCGGCUGCAUUGUGGGAAGCUGACCUCACUCGCUGCUGCCGCCGCCCCGCCGGCUCCGCCGCUCGCCGCCAUGGGGGCCGUGACCGACGAUGAAGUUAUCCGCAAACGGCUUCUCAUUGAUGGCGACGGAGCCGGGGACGACAGGAGGAUCAAUCUGCUGGUGAAGAGUUUCAUCAAGUGGUGCAACUCCGGAUCUCAGGAGGAAGGUUACAGUCAGUACCAACGAAUGCUGAGUACUUUAUCACAGUGUGAAUUUUCAAUGGGAAAAACUCUUCUGGUAUAUGACAUGAACCUGAGAGAGAUGGAAAACUAUGAAAAAAUCUACAAGGAUAUAGAAAAUAGUAUAGCUGCAGCACACGAGAAGAUUUCUGAAUGCAAGAAACAAAUCCUGCAAGCAAAAAGAAUUAGAAAAAAUCGCCAGGAAUAUGAUGCAUUGGCCAAAGUCAUACAGCACCAUCCAGACAGACACGAAACACUGAAGCAGCUAGAAGCUUUGGGAAAAGAACUUCAACACCUUUCUCACAUUAAAGAAAAUGUUGAAGAUAAGCUGGAGCUGAGAAGAAAGCAGUUUCAUGUUCUCCUGAGCACCAUCCACGAGCUUCAGCAAACUCUAGAAAAUGAUGAAAAACUUUCAGAAGCUGAAGAAUCUCAAGAAACUCAGAUGGAAGCAGAGACCAAGCAGUAAACAUUGUUAGGACUACUGAUGAUACUCUUGAAGAAUACACAUACGUCCUCGCUUUGUUUUCAUGCCAAUAGAAAAAGAAUGGCAGCUGAAAACUUUCUAUUGCUUCUGUGAGUUUUAAUACACAAGUACUUGUUUUGCUUUUGUUCCUGGUACAAACAAUUCCAGAUCUGUACAGAUGGACCCUUUGUGUUAAUCCAUAAACUUUGACAAGAAAUAUGUUUUGCCUUACAAAAGGUGAAUCUUCUGUACAUUAAUUGUGAACUGAGGUGUUUGCAAAUCACUGUCAAUAAAAAGUGUUUACAAACA